AUGCAGUUGUCGCCAACAUUAUGCCGACCAAGGCAUCUGGAUCCAGAGCGACUACGGGCCAGGCUCGGAGCUCAAAAGUUUGAGAAGCUGCGCUACCAUGAAGCUGCAGUUGUGAGCACAGCUCCCAUGCAGUUCCAGUUGUUUGCCCUGAGCAGUGACACCCUGUUCAUCGUUCCGUUGAUGGGUCGAGGCGAAUCAGCCGCGGAUAUGCUCUUACCAUUACGGAAUAUCUCCUCGGUGGAUCGGGUGGUGCCUGAAAACAAGAAGCAGCGCGGACUUCUCCUCCUACCUACGAGUCAGCUCUUUCGACUGCAACUGCGUGAGGUGACAUCCAAAAAGAUGGCGUCAGAGUUGUUCUUUGCGACUUUCGAGCCGCAAACGCAGCUCUUCUUUCAACUAUCACGGGCAGUACGCAUCGAUUUUCAGAAGCAGUUGAUCCCGCAGCUACAAAUUGACGACAAUCUUCCAGCCCGGGCAGAGCAUCGUCUCGAAUUGUCACGGUUGCUAGAGAUGCUAGCGUUGGAUUUAGUCCGUGCUCGUGACGAUAUUGAACGGAUCCACCUGCUCGAUGAGCUUACUGCUGCCGCGUAUUCCUCCGUCGACUUGAAGCAAUUCUUCUUCGAAGACCGCACACAAGUGCAGGGAUCUACAGGCCUAGCAGCGUUCUUGGUCCGUCAGCUUUCUCACCCUCUGCGUCCGGGUAAUGGCGAUGAAACACGAGUCGAGUUCAUACUGAGUGUCGUACGGGUGUUGGAUGCGAUGUGCUUUGAUAUGCAACUUCAAACAAGCUGCCUGGGUAGACUCUGUCUGAACGAGCUUGCGGGAAACCUUCUCGCUCGCGGAGCCGAGAGCUUUAGCGUUGGUGUCAGAAGCGAUGGUGGGUCAAUUGAUAUGCACAUGCGCGUUCUUCGAGAGGACCUUAUGGAUGCCGAAGCCGCGUUGCUCCUGUCGCUUGAUGCGAUGCAGCAGUGCGAAGAUUUUCGCUUGCACCAGCAUCAGCAGAUGCGGGGCUUGUUGGUUGAGCGGUCCACGUCUGUAAUGCAGCAUGCGCUUCGAGCACCGGCGCUGAGUCUGUGGAUAUCCAAGCUCUUCAAACGAGUCUGUAUUGCAGUAUCGCGCGCGGCGAUCGCUGUCGAGAACCGCGAAACAGAGGAAAGUGAUGAUGGCGAAGUAGAUGAAGAGGGCGAGACUGAUGAAGAAGAAGACGAGUCCGAUGGCAGUGAAGCUUUGGAACCGCUCCAAAUGCUUUCACUCUGGCGCAGCGUGACUGUAUUAGAGCUUUUGGUGAAGAGCGACGUUGCUGUGGGCAGCGAUCAAGUGCUCGGGCAGCUUCUACGGACUCGAAAGGACUACAUAGACAUGUAUCUAAGAGUACCGCGUUUCAUGACAGCGUUAAGUACCAGCGGGAUCCCUCACCUAGAAGAUGUUUCGCUCAAGCUGGCAAGAUUCCUGGAAUCACUUCGAGAGAGACGAAAGGCAUGA